CCUGGCUGGCCUUUCAGGUGAGCUACCCUGCAUUAGCCUUCCAAAAGCGGCUUCUGGUCUCCACCCGGCCUCUGCGCGACUACUUUAAGAGAUUUAGCAGGACGUAAAAACAUCGACUCUGGCGCUUACGGAUCGUCGUAGCUGGGAAGGGCCCACGGGGAUCAUCAGGCCACGCGUGCCGACGACGUCUCGCCACCCCAUCUCCUCACUUGGGGGGAGCCGGCCGCCGCGGCUCUUGCGCGACGUUCCCCGGCCGCUGUUGCAGACCUGAGGCUAGGGACAGGCGGCGGAUGGGCCUGAGCGCUGCCGGGCUCUCAGAGAGCCCCAUGUGUGGGCUUCUGUCCCCAGGGCCACUGCUGGAAGGAUGGCCAGCCUGCAGAAGGCCAACGGAAGCUUGGAGUGGUUGCCGCCCCUGGCACCCAACAUCAGCCAGCCUCACCGCUGCCUGCUACUGCUGUAUGAGGACAUCGGCUCCUCCAGGGUUCGAUACUGGGACCUCCUGCUGCUCGUCCCCAAUGUGCUCUUCUUCAUCUUCCUGCUCUGGAAGCUUCCAUUUGCUCGGGCCAAGAUCCGUGUCACCUCCAGCCCCAUUUUUAUCACCUUCUACAUCCUGGUGUUCGUGGUGGCCCUGGUGGGCAUUGCCCGGGCCGUGGUGUCCAUGACAGUCAGCGCUUCAGACGCUGCCAUGGUUGCCGACAAGAUCCUGUGGGAGAUCACUCGCUUCUUCCUGCUGGCCAUCGAGCUGAGUGUGGUCAUCCUGGGCCUUGCCUUUGGUCACCUGGAGAGCAAGUCCAGCAUCAAGCGGGUGCUGGCCAUCACGACAGUGCUGUCACUGGCCUAUUCCGUCACCCAGGGGACUCUGGAGAUCCUCUACCCUGACACUCACCUGUCAGCCGAGGACUUCAACAUCUAUGGACAUGGGGGCCGCCACUUCUGGCUGGUCAGCUCUUGCUUCUUCUUUCUGGUCUACUCGCUGGUGGUAAUCCUGCCCAAGACCCCGCUGAAGGAGCACGUGUCUUUACCCUCACGGAGAAGCUUCUACGUGUAUGCAGGCAUCCUGGCCACGCUCAACCUGCUACAGGGGCUGGGGAGCGCGCUGCUGUGUGCAGACAUAAUCGAGGGGCUCUGCUGUGUGGACGCCACCACCUUCCUGUACUUCAGCUUCUUCGCGCCACUCAUCUAUGUGGCCUUCCUCCGAGGCUUCUUCGGUUCGGAGCCCAAAAUCCUCUUCUCCUACAAGUGCCAAGUGGAUGAGGCCGAGGAGCCGGACAUGCACCUGCCACACCCCUAUGCUGUGGCCCGGCGUGAGGGCAUGGAGGCCACGGGACCCACAGGGGCCUCGGCCGCCAGCUAUUCCAGCACACAGUUUGACUCUGCCGGGGUGGCCUACCUGGAUGACAUUGCAUCCAUGCCCUGCCACGCGGGCAGCAUCAAUAGCACGGACAGCGAGCGCUGGAAGGCCAUCAAUGCCUGAGUGGUGCCCCGGCUCAGCCCGUGAGGACACACUGGCUCCCAGGCACUGCUCAGGACCUCGUGUGUAUGGCCAGGCUGCAGCCCCCAGUAGGUAUGCCUAAUUCCCUGAGGCUUCUACCUGUUUUUGGUCACCUGUGUGUCAGCUGGGGACCUCCACCUACCCAGCCACCACAGCCUGGCUUUGAUCAGCAGCUGCUGGGGCCCUGCCACCUCGCCCUUCUGCCCCUGCCCUCAGCCUUCUCAGCCUGCUGGGCUGCAGUGUGUAUAUUUUCUUGAUCUAUUUUUUAAUAAAAACUAAAAGAGCAGCA